AUGGGAACGAAGCCUUCUUCACCAGCACUGCCGCAGUUGCUUAUAAGCAUGAAUUUUCUGAAGUCAGCUUCCGGAUCGCGUCUUUACUAUUCAGUCAACUUUGUGGCGGGUCUUGCCAUCUUCUUUUUCGGCUAUGACCAGGGAAUCAUGGGAGGUGCUAAUACGUCGCCCGACUAUAUCCGCGUCAUGAAGCUAGGCUAUUCUACUUACGAAGGCCCAGCGGAAGGUUAUGUAGUCACCAUCACAGCGCCUACCAAACAAGGCGGCAUCGUCAGUAUAUACUACCUUGGCACACUGCUGGGAGCCCUGAUGGGCGGUGCUUUCGGCGACAGGAUCGGCCGAAUCAAGACCAUGAUGAUAGGGAGUUUCUGGGUUCUUCUUGGAGCAUCUCUUCAGUGUUCAGCGCAGAAUGUCUCCUGGAUGCUCUGUGCUCGUAUCAUCAACGGAAUCGGGAGUGGUUUUCUCUGCGGAAUCGUACCGGUUUGGUCAGCCGAAGUAUCUUCACCAAAGUCCAGAGGGGCAAUGAUCGCCAGUGAAUUUACCUUGAAUAUCUUCGGUGUCGUUGUGGCAUAUUGGCUUGAAUUUGGCUUGAGCUUUAUCGGCGACGGGACAGGCUCAAUUCGAUGGCGGUUUCCCAUAGCAUUUCAGAUUCUUCCUAUCCUGUUCUUCAUGGUCUGUGUACCGGUGAUGCCAGAGAGCCCUCGCUGGCUUAUCAAGACGGGCCGCAGCGAAGAAGCUCGCUUGAUUCUGGCCCGCUUCCGCAGUAAAGAUGGAAACGUGAACGAUCCUCGUGUUAUCGCAGAAUAUGAUGAAAUCAUCCAGUCUGUUCAGCUAGAAAAGGCCAAUGCGGCAGGCAACUCAUAUUUCUCGAUGUUCUUUGGGCUGCAUGAUGGUGAUCUGCAUGUGGCGCGCCGUGUGCAAUUGUCCAUGUGGUUACAAAUCCUUCAAGAGUGGUCGGGAAUUGCGGCGAUUAUAUUCUAUGCGCCAACCAUAUUCUCAAAUGCGGGAUAUGGCGCCCGCAAGUCUCAAUGGCUCUCGGGCUUGAACUACACUACAUAUACGAUGUGCACUCUUUUUGGAGUCGUCGCAAUCGACAGACUAGGCAGACGCAUCGGUCUUUGGUGGGGUGCAGUAGGACAAGGCACCUCCCUCAUUCUUGCAGCUGUAUUCAGCAAACUGCUGCAGGAUCAUCCAGAAGAUGCUUCCCGAUACGGCGGCGCCGCAGCACUAUUCGUCUUUGCCUACACUGCAACCUUUGGAGCAACGUGGCUCGCAAUCCCAUGGGUGUACCAAACUGAGACCUUCCCUCUCUACGUGCGGGCAAAGGGAAACGCUUGGGGCGUGGUAGGCUGGUCAAUCGGCAACGGUUCGCUCACCCUGCUGAACCCUAUCAUGUUUACCCACAUCGCAGAGAACACGCUGUAUGUCUUCGGCGUGGUCAAUUUCCUGACAAUCCCACUGGUAUGGGCGUUCUACCCCGAGACUGCAAAUCGCACUCUGGAGGAGAUGGAUCAUCUAUUCAUGAGCAAGAGCCCAUUUGUCUGGGACGAGGAGGCAUAUUUCAAGGAUUGGAAAGAAACAGUGCGGGAAGCGCAAGACGAUGUAAGAUCAGGCGAGGAAGGGAAACUCGAUCCUGAGGUCAGUGCGAUACAGCGUUCAUCGUAA